AUGGUAACGUGGAAGUUUUAAGGACUUUUGAGUUGCAAGCAAACGUAAACAGUUCAAAUAUAAAUAUGUGAAAGAAGAUUUGUGUAACAAUGAAUUACUCUUUAGUUUUAUUUGUAACACAAAACAGUAUUUAUUAAGGUUAGAAGGGUUUGGGAACUUUUAUUAUGUUCAGAACGCGGAAGUACUGCAGUGAAGUCACGUGAGGAGGUAUUUUCACAACGAUGCAUUUGAUGCGCAAUGCCAACUCGUUUAAGACAUUUAACGCGUAAAAAUCUUUGUCUGUGAUAAUUAAAACGCAACAGAGUUGCUGAAAUGGACGAGGACGGAUUACCCAUUGUGGGAUCAGGAAUAGAUCUUACAAAGGUUCCAGCCAUUCAACAGAGAAGAAUCGUAGCUUUCCUCAAUCAGUUCAUAGUCCACACCGUCAGGUUCCUGAACCGCUUUUCCACAGUUUGUGAGGAGAAGCUAGCAACAGUAUCACUACGAAUCCAGCAGAUUGAGACCACACUAAGCAUUUUGGAAGCAAAGUUAGCCUCUAUUCCUGGUUUGGAAGAAGUGACAGUGGAUGGAGUGAGACCGUCUCCAGUGACAAACGGCCCUGCAGUGCAAGCCAGUCGUGCAACGGGUCCCCCUGUUGAGGCAUCUCAGCAAACACAAGUGGCCCCUCAGGAGCCGAAAGCAGAGGUCCCAGCGGAAAACAUCAUGACUGUAGCCAAGGACCCGCGAUAUGCCAGAUACCUGAAAAUGGUGCAAGUGGGUGUUCCAGCUAUGGCCAUUAAAAAUAAGAUGGUAUUGGAGGGUUUGGACCCUAGUUUGCUUGAUACUCCUGAUGCACCUGUUCCAGAUGGUGGCAAAAAAGGCUUGGAAGAGCAAGAUGAUGACAGCUCCGGCAGCGAAUCAUCCUUCAGCGAUUGAUUGGCUCCGCCCCCUCCCACAGCUAACUUGGCCUGGACUCGUUAGACCUUGUUGGACUUGGCCUACUGUAUGUAGGCUGUCAUGAAUCUUGCUCAUCUCAAAGCAGGGACAAUGCACUUGAAUGUCCCUACAAAGGAUAGACAUUAAGCGAUGGCACUAAAAGGUUGUGCUACAUCAUGGAGACGGCAUACUUGAAAUCUGUACUGGUGGUUUCUGAGGGCAGUUGCUCACUAGGUGAGAUCGCUGAUGAUUAUGGUUAUAUUUGAUCCAUUGAGUGCUACUCUCAUCUGAAUUGUGAAGUGUGUCAUUUCUUGCCAUGUACAUAUGUGUAUCCAAUAACAAUAAAAAGAUGCCACUUGGUGUUUUUAUGAAAUGGCCACAAGCAGCCUUGUUAAUCUGUUCUGAAAUAGAUUUUUAAAAUUGUAGCUGAGGGAAAUUUCUUUUCUUUUUUUCAUCUCCACUUGGAACAAUCUUGAAUUGACUUUGAAACGCGGUUAUAUCAACAACAAAAUCCACAUAAAGCCCUAUUUAAUUUAGUUAGAUUUGUUAUGUUUCUAAAGAUACUAAUUAUGUUACAUAGCCAUUAAAGAUUUGCUUACAUUGUCUUUUCCAAAGUAACUUAUUAAAAGUUAUAUUCAAAUUUGUUGCAAAGAAGUUUUA